AUGACUGGUCUUGAACACAUUUACCACGUGCGUUUCGCCGCACACCUGGCGGCGAUAUCGUUUCCCACGUACAUCUCGUUGGUCAUAAUGAGGAAUAAUGAGAAUCCCAUGGCCACUGUCCUCGAGGCGGGGUCAAUCGUCGUUUUAUUAUUUAUUUAUUUAUUUAUUUAUUUAUUUCCCUGACUCGGAUCCUCAAAAUCAAGCUCUGCAGCAGAAAAAUAGACCCCCACCUGAGAAGCCCAAAGCCAAUAUCUCUCUCACUAACUCACUCACUCACUCACUCACUCACGUAUCCAUGCAUUCUUUGAUGAUUGCAGCGAAGAGGCUCAUCGAGGCUCAACCAGCAGGAAACCCUUCGGGGACGAGCCUGCUCCUACAGACGCCUUCAAGCACGAUGCCAAGGCCUUCUUCUUGCUGCUCUUCCUCCUAGUCUCCCUCUCCACCUCCUCCCGUUGCCCUCCACAUCUAUUCUUUCAAACCAUAUACAUCAAUACUUCCUUUGACCACCACCAACACCCCCCCUCCGCACCUCAUGGCUCCGUCCAUUGUACCCUAUGAGCACCUUUGUAAUAAAUUACCACCCGCAGUUGUCACCGUUGACCUUUACAUCUAUUGACCCCGGUGAGCAGAGGGCUAGACCCGGGUCGAUCAGUUUGACUUUCCAUCCGAGGGCCCAAUUUGGAAUGCGCUCGGACGCAUUGUUAAGGAAAAGACACUUGACCACCAGAUUGGCCCACCAUUUUUGCACAAGAGCCAGAGACCGCGCGCCCAACAGCCCCAGCCUCCUUUUCAUUCCAGUAUACUAUACAUUCGAAUGGCUCCUCCCGCCCUUUCCUCUUCCACUCGAUCUUCAUACAUGUAUAUAUAUAUAUACACACACACGCAUAUACAUGUAUGCCUAUAAUUAUAUGUAGAGAGAGAGAGAGAGAGGGACAGAGAGAGAGAGAGAGAGAGAGAGAGAGAGAGAGAGAGAGAGAGCUCACUGACUCUUGGUGAGGGUCCUCCGGAGGCCGCGGAGGAUCUUCCCGAACCAGACGACGUUCAUGACGGCCAGCACGGACGGCACGGAGAACACGAUCACGUACGCGAAGCUGUCCAUCUGCUUCACCUGCAGGGGAGUGUUGAGUUCGGUGUGUGAACUUUAUUAGUGGUAAAGUCCAAGGAGAAUAAUCAGUGUGCGGACUUUAACAGUGGUGAGGGAUAAUUCUUCCUUGGAACUCAAGAGUCAAACUCAAGAGCCGAAAGUCAAAAGGUCAAGGUGAGUAAUUGGUGUAUGGACUUCAAACUUGAACUCAAAGUCAAAGUCCAGGAGAGGGGAGAAGGAGAAUCCUAGGGCCACCGGGAUGGCUACAAGUGGGGGGUCUCCUCUCUGGCAAGGAUGAGUUGACUUUGGAAAAUAGAGGGCCUUUCUCACCUGCUCAUAGUGGCAGUAGAGAUGAUAAAACAGGAACAUGAACAGCAGCAACCUCGCAACCUGCCAUAUCAGGUAAAAAAUCAAUCAUUUCAUCUCACAAGCGUGAAAAAUCCAACUGGGAAACCACGAUAUUAAUAUAUAUAUAUAUAUAUAUAUAUAUAUAGAUUAAUAUCCCAAGAUGUUGCCAUAUCUAUUUAUUCAUUCAUUUAAGGAUAAAUCCCGUGGAUUUUUUUUUCUACUUUUUCCCCCCUCCCACAAUCGUGAUCAUCAGAAGCACAUUCAAUUCUGGAUAUGAUCCAUCCAAGAAUCAAAAGCUCACCACCCAGGAGAAGAACAUCACGACUCCAUUGACGAUGUACGUCUUGGUUCUCUUCAUCCCAGUAACGUCAAGAAACCUUCGUAUCAUAGGCGAAUCCGGACUCAGUCAACGGGGUAGAUGAUGAUGAUAAUAAUAAUAAUAAUAAUAAUAAUAAUAAUAAUAAGAUGGGCUUAUUUUUACCAUCUCAGAUUGACGCCGGGGGUGGUCGUCUCGGAAAUGAGGCACAGGAACGUGUACAGCUGGCCUUCCCCGGAAAGAAUGGCGUAGGAUAUGGCGAAGACCGAAAGGAGAUGGUGGGAAACCUGUCAACGAUUCCAGAUUCGGUAAAGUCAGACUCCCAAGAGGGGAAGGAACUUGGAAUCAAAUUGCACCAACGGGGCUACAUGCCAUUGAAUCAAGUUAAUUAAUUACCCAAAAAACAAUAUAUAUACACAUACAGGAGAGAAAGAGAGAGAUAGAUAGAUAGAGAGAGAGAGAGAGAGAGAGAGAGAGAGAGAGAGAGAGAGAGAGAGAGAGAGAGAGAGAGAGAGAGAGAGAGAGAGAGACAGACAGACAGACAGACAGACAGACAGAGACAGACAGACAGACAGCCAGAGAGCCAGAGACAUAUAUAUAUAUAUAUAGAGAGAGAGAGAGAUAGAUAGAGAGAGAGAGAGAGAGAGAGAGAGAGCCAGAGACAGAUAUAUAUAUAUAUAUAUAGAUAGAUAGAGAGAUAGAGAGGGAGAGAGAGCUUACAUAUUCCAUGCCUCCAAGAGAAGGAUAUGACCAGAAGAUCAUUGCAAGGUCCGUGAUGAAAUACCCCACUGAAACCUGCCAGAAACAUAUACACCGAUUAUGAAAUCCAACUUUUAUUUUCUCCUUCUUCUUGGUGACCCAUCUUUACAAAAUCACAGGAUUAUUGCUACGAUAAGUAAUCCGGAAUCAAAAUGGACGAUUAGAUUCUAUGGAUCAUUUUUUAAUGAUCUCUAUGGUUAUAUUUAUCAUAAUGAGAAAAAUGAAUUACCCCGAGUGUGAAAAUGGAGAGCGGUGAACUUCUGAAAACAGUGGGCCCCCCCGGAGCAUCAUCAGAGAAGAGAUCCGAGUAGAAGACCAGGAACAGAGACAUGACCGUGAUGUAGAUCGCGUGGGCGCUGGACAUUCCUCUGCGAGAUGUUGAAGAAAUGUGCGGGAGAUGGCGCCGGAGAUCACGAGGCAUGAGAGCACAAGAGCCAUACAAAGAAGCACCAACCUGUUGUUCCACUCGAUGCGCUGAACCUUGGUGAGAGAGCGAUAGCCAUCGAUGUACUGUGAGCUGAACCAGUGGGUGAUGUCGUAUGCCUGAGGAAGUAUGGACACAGAAGAACAUGGUAAAGGAUCCAUUUCACUGAAAAAGAUUCGUCUUGAGGACAACAACAACAACAACAACAACAACAACAACAACAAAAUAAAAUCGCAAGAUCAAAUAUCCAUUUUUUUUUCUUAAAAAAAGAUUCUGAUCUCUUGUGGAAAACUCGGUAGGAUUCGAACCCAGAAGAAAGAAAGAAUUGAUCUCGCAGGAUUCCUAGGAAAUUCUUCAAUCUCUUCCGGAUCAUGAUGGUGAUUACAAGCAGUUCUUCGUCCUCCAUUAAACAGAGUGCUAAAUGUCGUUGACUCCGCAAUGUUUCUAUAAAUAGUAAAUAUGAUGAGAUGGAGAUGAUGGGAUGUUCUGGUAUAAGAAAUGGAUCAUCAUCUCUUGUGAUGCUGCCUGAUGCAGAAAUAUAACAUAGUUUUUUUUAGAUCGGUGGUGAGAGGAUAUGAAGACUAGAAGGGGCAUAUUCUUUUCUAUGUUGGAAGUAUUCUGGUGGAAAUGCCAAAAAAAAAAAGUGUAUUAUUCUAGAAAUGGGAUUUCAGAUAAUGGGAAAUAAUGGAAAAUUACUUUGGUCGCAAGAAUUAGAGAGAAUUUAAUAUUUCAUUGCUCUGCAGACCACCAAUACACGGAAAAAUUGAGAGCUUCAUAAAUAGUAAAAAAAAAAAAAAAAAGAGUGAUCGCCAGCAUUCAGAAGACGGUCUGAGGAGAAUAUUAUGAAAGAAACAAAAAUAAGAUUAAAUAUAUAUAUAUAUAGUUAAUAAAAUUACACCACCGACAUGGGUAUCCCUUAAAUGCGUAUGAUGAUGGCUUUGUUUCGGAAAGAACAUGAAAUAGAUGUCAAUUCUGAUGAAAAGAAGGAAGGGGAUACCAUUUUGCACAUGGCAAUGCCUCCGAGGACAGAAAUGUAAGGCACAAAUGACUCUGCAAGCAGAUACUCUUUCACAAGUGCCUCAGCCUCAUAACUAUAUGACUUGAUUGUCAUAGUUGAAUAUUCAGAGGCCUGCAUCAUGGUUUCCAGCCUGAACCAAUAUCAAUAUAUUUGCAACAAUGGUAAAUGAAAUGAAGAACUUUGCAGAAUAUGAGGAUGAAAGUGGAUACAAAACUAGAUGGGUAAUGUCAAAAUCAACCAAGUUGACCAAGUUUUCAUCCAACAUAUCUGACCACAUUACGGUUAACGAGGAUGUAUCCCCGCCAAAUAUGGAUCUCAUUUAUGCCAUUUUUGGGUCAAUGAACCACACUCCCAUCACAAGAAAAAAACAUGUACUAACUCUGGGAUCAUAAUGAGUUAGUAAACUCAUCUUUCAUGAAGACCUUAUAAACCCCCAUAAGACUUCAAUCAUUUCCCUUUUGUGAAAAGAAUGAAUGAAGAAGACUAAGAAAGUCAAAAGAAAAAUAAAAUCCAAAGGGAAUCCCCCGAAGUUCUCCUCAGUUGCAACCAUACGAAGCUUUUAUCUCUUUUCAUGCUUCUUUCUCGUUCGACCAUGAACAUAGAACUCACGGGCAAUUUUACUACAGAACCAAAAACCUGAAAAAUUCCCAUUUAAAGGGAAAUUCUUUUGAAAAUAAUUCUGUAUUCAUGGAAUGAAAAAAUAAAAUAAAAUCACGAGAAAUAAAUGUGCAGGAGUACGAGUACUUCAACCCAUGCAUCCCAGAAUGCCAUUAUGAGAUAACCUGAUGAGGACCAGAAAACUAUCCGAUGCAAGGAUAAUUCCAGAAGCUCUCACCUAACUGAUGAUCGAAAAUCAAUAGCACGCACAGGCUCCAACCAUGGCAACUAUAAUCCUUGAAAGAGGCAACUACGCCAUGGAACUAUCAAACGGGUUCCCCCUAAAUGAAUUAGAAUGAACCCUCUCUUGCCUCAGUUCAUAACUCCAACUCCAUGAUGGACAAGAAACUCUCAGAAAGUACAAUUACAUGUCCUUCGUAGCAGCCACUUCUCUACAGCAGCACCAUGAUGGGGUAUCAAGUGAAGAAUCAACGUCAGCCCUCUCCAAGCCUCGUUCACAAAGAGAUUCCUCCAUUAUGGUUUGAAAACGAGCUCGGUUUCUGAAGGUCUAAAGGGUCGGGGCAAAUAAAAUAUGGGGACGACAUCCAGAGCUGGGAAAAAUGCUAUUAGCAACGUCUUCCCACUUGAGCCCCAAGAAAAAACUCAUCGUUGUCUGCGUCCGAUUGAAAGAACACAUUAAAUUGAAUUGGAUAUGGCAAACGAGGGAAAAGAAAGAUGUUCAAUAAUUGAGAUCAAACAAUCCACCGCCCAAGCAGAUAAAGCCGAAGGAAAUAAGGCCAAUAGCAUCGGAAGAUAAAACGACAAAAGAAAAAUCAAUACGAAGGACAGAUUACAGUAUGAUUCACGAUACUCGCCAGGAGGGGAGAGGUCCGAUGACCCUCACGGAACAAAAAUACAAAAAUAAAGCACAGAAUACUCACCACACACAGAGCGUGCUUUCCUAUAGAACAGGGAUAAACCCAUUUUUCCUACGGUUCGAAAGAGAGAAGCCGCAACAGAAAGAAGACCAACGAUCCAUGUCACAGUCCCCUGUCUUGCAUUAAAUUACGGAACUCGCCAGCCAAUAGUCAUGAACCACAGAAUUAUCACAAGGCAUAAGAGACGGCAACUUGAAUACGGAAAUCGGAAAAAGGACAUCGAAGCAGAGAUAGAGAUGGUGACAGAGAGGAGGACGGGGACGGCAAGCAGGGAAAGCGUGUCACCUUGCCCGACCGGGUGAGACGACGGGAACUGGUGCAGGAAACUCCGGGAAGGAAGGCAGGCGGGGCUGGAAUGGAGGCGAUGGGAUGCCAACAGCAUUCGAUGGGAGUGAAUUGGGGAAGAAGAAAAGGACGACGUGAGUUGGGCUCCCACAUCUUCUCGUCUCCAACCGGAAGGAAUCACAGCCGGAACUGAGACGCCUCCCACGGUCGGUGACGCAGAGGAAUAAUAACCGCCAAGCGGAUCCUCUCACGGCGUUAACAUCCGAUCCGAAAUAAACGAUUUAUUCUAUAAAUGUAUCUAAUUAAAUCCCAUAAAAAAUAUUUUUCUAAAAUUGGAAAUUAUUAUCCUGGGAUGGGGCCAACCGUAGGGAAGCCACCAGCCCCUUCGUCGUCUCCCAGGAAUCUCACGAUAGCGGGGCCCACCACCGAGCUGGUUGACCGGUCCACCACGGCUAUCCUCUUGGCUGUGAUUUCACUCCUGUUAUAUUCUCAUUAAUACGAUAUUAUGAUCAGAAAAAAAGGGAGAGGAACGUAGUGAGAUGAUCACAGCAAAUGAAGAAGAACUCUGAUCCAAGACUCGGCUUGCUUGCUCAGACAUGAUUCCUCGGCAGAAACCUAAUUUUCGCGAAAUAUGUGAGGCGUGCUCUGGUUGAUAUCGAUUUGGAUGAAAUAGGCGGGAAAUAUGAGGGAUCCAGUCCCUAGGACUGGUUCACCUUUCGAUUAUCAAUCGAGAGGCAGAGAAACUCGAUCUAUUUGAUUAGUUCAAGUUCCUCACCAAUCUGUUCGUCGGCAGAACGCUGAUUUUGGCGAAAUAUGUAAGGCGUGCUCUGGUUGAUGUCAAUUUGGAUGAAAUAGGCGGGAAAUAUGAAGGGAUCCAGUCUCUAGGACUGGUUCACCUUCUGAUUAUCAAUCGAGUUGCAGAGAAAUCCGAUCUGUUUGGUUAGUUCAAGUUCCUCACCGAUUUGUUCGUCGCCGAUCAACGAUUUCAGAAUCUUGUCAAUAUCUGCAGGGGAAUUCAGGAGAUGAUUGAUCAUCGCGGAGAGUUGGAGAAGGCGGAUGAGGAGGGGGAAGAGCAAGAGGAAGAUUCGGCGUCGGAUAGACAAUUUGACACAAAAAUCCGGCCAAGUGCACUCAAAAUCUAACACGGAAAUCGUCGCCGAUGGAUUCAGAGCGUCACUCCCCCUUCGCAUUGAAUCCAAAGAUCAGCUCUACUAACUCCUCAGCGGCGGAUGAUCGAAGCGACGGGCGAGAGAGCCUCACCAUCCUCGGACGAUCUGCAACGGCGAAACCGCUCCUCGAACCACUCCAGCGAAUGAUUCGCAAGGUGCGGCGAGAAAAACCGAGAAUCCGAGAUAUCCAGCGACCACUCGCCAUCAUUUUCCAGCUCCGACUAGCAGAAUGGGAUCAACCGGAGGAGCAGAGAAGUUGAAGAAGUAGGAGGAGACAUCGACGUACCUCCGCUACGGCGAACCAGAAGUCUCCACGUUUUCCGCCUCCCCUUCACCUCCUCUCAGCGCAGUGGCAGGCAUGAUUUAUAUAAUCCAGCAGAGAGAAAGAGAGAAAGAAAGAUAGAGAGAGCGAGAUAGAGAGAGAUAGAGAGAGAUAGAGAGAGAGAGAGAGAGAGAGAGAGAGAGAGAGAGAGAGAGAGAGAGAGAGAGAGAGAGAGAGAGAGAGAUAGAGAGAAAGAGAGAGGAAAAUCAGACCCCCUAGGCUAGCGAGGACCGCAGAGGGCGGCCACUGGUCAAUUUUCCCGCGCUGCUGAGGCGGCUAGCCGUACGUGGACUAACGAAGCCCGACCCGAUUUUGACCCGGAAGCCGGAAAGUUAAGAUUUGCGCCAGGAAAAGUAGACUAGACUUGCGAAAAGACCGGUCCAAUAGUCUGUAGAAAAGCCCAAAGAAUAAUUGCACCCAUAUGAAGUUUGGCCCAAUUGUUGCCUAUUGGAAUGCCCAAAAAAAGCCCGUAAAGUAGACUAAUAACUAGAUCCGUUAAGAAUUACGGCCCAGUCGGGGCCCAAUGAAAAGCCUGAUUUAGUCGACCAAGGACAGGACGCUCUGUAAAGCCCGGCCCGUUUUGACUCCAGAGAAAAGCCCAAAAAAUAGAUUCAAAGCCUGAGAGUGAAAACAGAGACCCGUUAAUGGGGAUGUGGGGCCCAUUUCGAGAAGGAACGUCCUCGACUUGUAGACCUGCAGUGGCCUGAUACUACAGUUCUAGGCCCGGCAACCCAAGCUGACACGUGGGAUUCAUUCUAGAAGGGCCCCGAGUCGAAGUCAACGCCAAAGAGUCAAAAUGAAUUUCGUAAGGUUGAAAAAGGCUGCAGCCGGGAAGUGCAGGAGAAGGUGACUAAUUCAAGUUGAGGAUAAAGCUGACUUUUGGAAGGAUAAGUUGAGAAUUUUUAGUCAUCUAACAUGUUUGACUUUUGGUGGUCCAAUAGGUUUGAAUUUUAAGGCCAAAGUAGCUAAAAGAAAGCCUUCAAACUUGGGUUCUUAUUUAUGUCAGAGGGGAAAGGAAUUAUGCUGCAUUUUGGGGCCCGGAGAGCAUUCCAAACCUUGCCCUGCCCCCGUUGACUAGAACCCCAAAGGAGUUUCUCGUACAUGAAUCAAGGGUGAUUCCAAGGUCAACGCCAAAACAGAAGGGCCAUAUGCCCAAAGACCGUAACUGGUAUAAGUAACAGCCUUCUUGCUCAGCAUGGAGACCAAAAGGCUAGGAAUAAGUAAUAAAAAAAUCCUGUCGAGAAAAGCCUCCAGAUCUCAGUCAAACAGCGCAGAAUGUACAGGUGAAGGGGGGUUUUCUGGGCUGGCCAAGCUGCCCAUUUGGGAAAAAAAAAAAAGCAGUCUUUCCAUUGGAAGUCAGCUCUCGACGAUGGCCCCGAAGUCGCCUGCCGCGUUAUCCACCCGACUUGCCGCCGCUGCGGGCGGCAGUGGGGGUGGCGGCGGGGGAGUCAACUCCUGA